AUGCCUCCCAAUGUGCCUCCUUAUCCAGUCGGACCGGUCAUGAAUGCUCCACCCUAUCCUCCUGGAGUGCCUCUGAAUGACCCGUAUGCGUCAGGUCAACCGCCAUACAACAAUUCGGGUAGCGAAUUCGCCGGCUCCAGAUUUAGUGACAAAUCAAUUCGCCACGCGUUCAUACGAAAGGUUUAUCUCAUUCUGACCGCCCAGCUGUGCGUCACAUGCGCAUUUGUAUGCUUAUUUCUCUUGGAACCAACUGUAGGACGCUGGGUUCGCCGGAAUUCUUGGUUCUACUACAUGUCUUAUGCCACUUUCAUCGUCACAUACAUCGCAUUGGUGUGUUGUCCAAAUGUCCGACGACGUUAUCCAGGCAAUUUCAUUGCACUAGGCGUAUUUGUUUAUCUCAUUCUGACCGCCCAGCUGUGCGUCACAUGCGCAUUUGUAUGCUUAUUUCUCUUGGAACCAACUGUAGGACGCUGGGUUCGCCGGAAUUCUUGGUUCUACUACAUGUCUUAUGCCACUUUCAUCGUCACAUACAUCGCAUUGGUGUGUUGUCCAAAUGUCCGACGACGUUAUCCAGGCAAUUUCAUUGCACUAGGCGUAUUUACACUUGCCUUCUCCUACAUGACGGGCACCAUCGCUUCGUUCUAUAGCACCUCCUCGGUGCUCAUCGCGAUCGCGAUCACAGCCGCCGUCUGUCUGGCCAUCUCGUUGUUUGCCAUCCAAACUCGCAUCGAUUUCACCAAAUGUACCGCCUUGUUGCUCGUACUCAGCCUGGUGCUCCUCUUCACCGGUAUCGCGUGCAUGAUUGUCUACGCUGUGUCUCCUCAGAACAGAAUAAUGCAGGCCGUAUACGGUGGAAUCGCUGCGCUGGUUUUCGCCCUCUGCAAGUUUCCUCAGCUGUUCGGCUGGGAGCGCUCAUUUGACCUACACCAACUCCAACCCCUUCGCUCAGAAAUGCACGCACGAGACUAG